AUGAGGAGGGUUGGGGAGAGGGCAGUCAAUGUCACAUGGAGGCGAGGAGGAGCUAUGCAGUGUGAGGACUGGGAUACACGGACGGAAUCAUUUUACUGGAGCAUAUUUAUUUUUAAUUACAUUCUGUUUCUUUCAGCUCUUCUUUAUGCAACUAUUUUUGGAAACGUCACCACCAUUUUCCAACAAAUGUAUGCCAACACCAACCGAUACCAUGAGAUGCUCAACAAUGUACGGGAUUUCCUAAAAUUAUAUCAAGUUCCGAAGGGCCUUAGUGAACGAGUCAUGGAUUAUAUUGUCUCAACCUGGUCCAUGUCUAAAGGAAUUGACACAGAGAAGGUUCUCUCAAUUUGCCCAAAGGACAUGAGAGCAGAUAUUUGCGUGCACCUGAACCGGAAAGUUUUUAAUGAACACCCUGCCUUUCGGCUGGCCAGCGAUGGCUGCCUGCGAGCCCUGGCUGUGGAGUUUCAGACCAUCCACUGCGCCCCAGGAGACCUCAUCUAUCACGCUGGGGAAAGCGUCGAUGCUCUUUGCUUUGUGGUCUCGGGAUCCCUAGAGGUCAUCCAGGACGACGAGGUGGUGGCUAUUUUAG